AUGUUCCGGAGUCUUGCGCCCCGAUUUCCCAAGGAGUUCUUCACCUGUCGCCAAUGCUUACGGGGCCAGGAUUAUGCGACGAAAUCAUUGUUCCGCCGACAAUUCGCUUCUCUCCCCUUCGCUCGGGAUACCAGCAGGACGAAUUCAGCACAAUUGAACGCGAGAUCAAAACAGUUUUUUACUCCUGCCUUUCAAAGAUCUGCCUUUUCAUCGACAGUGGCAAAGGCUGCUGAAGAUGGAACUGUCAAGGCGAAAUCUAGCUUCCCCAAGGUUAGCGAUAAGAAGGUCGCAUACUGGUUGUUAGGAAGCGCCGUUAGCGUCUUCGGUAUCGUGAUUUUUGGUGGACUUACUAGAUUGACUGAAUCAGGACUGAGUAUCACAGAAUGGCGUCCCGUCACCGGAUCCCUCCCUCCCAUGAACCAAGCCGACUGGGAAGUCGAGUUUGAAAAGUACCGCGCAUCCCCCGAAUUCCAAUUGUUGAACCCGCAUAUGACCCUCUCCGAAUUUAAAUCGAUUUUCUAUAUGGAAUGGAUCCACCGUCUUUGGGGUCGUUUUGUUGGUCUGUCGUUCGUGUUCCCGGCUAUCUACUUUGUCGCCAGAAAGCAGGUCAGCAAGCCCAUGACAUGGCGCUUGGCUGGAAUUGCAGGCUUGAUUGGCUUCCAGGGCUUCCUUGGUUGGUGGAUGGUUAAAUCGGGAUUGAAGGAUGAUCUCUUUGCGCCGGGCAGCCACCCUCGUGUGAGCCAGUAUCGUUUGACGGCACACCUUGGGGCUGCAUUCGUCUGCUAUGUCGCUAUGCUCUGGAACGGUCUUGCUAUCUUGCGGUCACAUAGGCUUUUGGCCGACUCGGAUGCUGGUAUCAAGCUCUUGGACUCGCUGCGUAACCCGAAGCUCAAGCUUUUCCGCCGCUCGGUUGCUGGUUUGGGUCUUCUGGUCUUCACAACUGUUAUCUCCGGUGCCCUAGUUGCUGGUCUGGAUGCUGGUCUCAUCUACAACGAGUUUCCCUACAUGGGUAAUGGCUUUGCUCCUCCCAAAUCCGAAUUGUUCGAUGAGCGAUACUCACGCCACGAGGAUCGAUCCGAUCUCUGGUGGAGAAACAUGCUUGAGAACCCAUCCCUGGUUCAGCUCGACCACCGUAUCAUGGCCAUGACUACUUUCACAAGUAUCAUGGCUUUGUGGGCUUACUCUCGGUCGCCGGCGAUGAAGAAGCUUCUUCCCCCCAACGUUAAAAAGGGCCUGCAUGGUGUCGUUUCCUUUGCUUUCAUGCAGGUCGGCCUGGGCAUCACAACACUUUACUACCUUGUCCCUAUUCCUCUCGCCUCUGCUCAUCAAGCAGGAAGUCUGUUCCUGUUGACCUGGGUGCUUGUUCUGGGAAGCCGUAUCUGGCACCCGUCUAGAACGGCAAAGCUUUUGCAGAUGGCAGCUAAGGCUCGCUCCCAGCCGGUCUCGAGUGCUGUCAACGCAUCCAAGAAGCUGUGA